UGUGCUACUGUACCUUGUGGUGAUCUCCAGCUUUUUUCCCACCCCCCAGCCUCUCCAGCGCUCUUCACCCAGGAACACUGUAGAAGAGAGUACGUCUCAGACUUGCCUCCCCUCAAAACAGAGCUGCUGGACUGGAGCUAUCCGGAACAAGAGACGAAGAAAAGCAAAGGGAAGAGAGUGCGCUCUGACUAAGAGGAGACAGGCUUCAGUGUGUGUCAGUGAAACAGAGAGCAGGAUAGUUUGCAGCGAGCAAAGAAAAGAGGAAAAAAGAGGAGGCAGGAAGAGCUGAGCGGGCAGGAAAGGGUGCCACAUUGGAUAAGAGGAGGAAGAAGAAGCAGGAGAAGAAGUGAAGUAAAGAACAAAAAGCGAGGGGAGGUACAGUAACAACGCCUCUUAGCACUUUCUCUCCUUGUUGCCUCUCUCUUCACUCUUCCUCUCUCUUUCCCCCCUUUGGCGAAGAAGCAGAGGAAGAGUUUUUUGAAAGGUGCAGGGGGAGGAGAAGCAGCGUGAGAGCUUUUGUGGCGACUCUUAGAGACAAAGUCAUACUUCAUAGGAGUCAGCGGGAGAGCAGGACCGACUGUCUUCAGGGGCAAAGGGACACAUAAAAGAGACUUUUAUAACUCUAGCUGCAGCUACAAAACUACAAACACAGGGGCAAUUAGUUGGCCGUCAGAUAACACUGAGACAGCGCUGGCAGCAAAAAAAACUUCCCCGAGAGAAAGUCAAGUGACUGAAGAAGAAGAUCAGUGCAGAACAGGACAGACGUACUGAAAAACACACCAACAAAGAGAAAGAGGAAGAGCGCUGGCCUGUCUGGUGUCCUUGCCUACCCCCGUCUUCCACCCCCUGGUCUCCCAUCCCCUCUCAGCCGAGAUGAUGAUGUAUUUCUGGGGCAACCAAGAAGCCCCAGCUCCCCCUGAAGCCAUGGCCCAACCCUUCCCACCGGCCCAGUACCCCCCUCCACCACAGAAUGGGAUCCCAGCCGAGUAUGCCACGCCCCACGCCCACCCACCGGCCGACUACACGGGACCAAGCACAGUGGCCGAGCACGCCCUGACGCUCUACACGCAGACGCACACACAGAGCGAACAGCCGGGAAACGACAGCAACACCCCCGCCCUCACAGCCAACACAGUAACACAGGCAGAGGAGGUUGCACAGACGGAGGGCUCCCAGCAGCUCCACCUGCAGCCCAGCGACUCGUCGGAGAAGCAGCAGCCCAAGAGGUUACACGUCUCCAACAUCCCUUUCCGUUUCCGAGACCCUGACCUCCGGCAAAUGUUCGGGCAAUUUGGCAAGAUUUUAGACGUGGAGAUUAUUUUUAAUGAGCGAGGCUCCAAGGGCUUUGGGUUUGUAACAUUUGAAACGAGUGCAGAUGCUGACCGUGCACGGGAGAAACUAAAUGGUACAAUCGUAGAGGGACGCAAAAUAGAGGUCAACAAUGCCACAGCCAGAGUAAUGACCAACAAAAAGGUGGCAAACCCUUACACAAACGGCUGGAAGCUGAAUCCAGUGGUUGGAGCGGUAUAUGGUCCGGAAUUUUAUGCAGUGACAGGGUUUCCAUACCCCAGUACAGGAGCAGCGGUGGCCUAUAGAGGGGCCCACUUGAGAGGGAGGGGUCGCGCCGUCUACAACACGUUCCGUGCUGCACCUCCUCCUCCACCUAUCCCUGCGUAUGGAGCUGUGGUCUACCAGGAUGGCUUUUAUGGGGCAGAAAUAUAUGGAGGGUAUGCAGCUUACAGAUAUGCCCAGCCAGCUGGUACUGCUGCAGCAGCAUACAGUGACAGUUAUGGCAGAGUCUAUGCAACAGCAGACCCAUAUCACCAUACGAUUGGUCCUGCAGCCACAUACAGUGUGGGCACUAUGGCUAGCCUUUACAGAGGAGGGUGCAGUCGCUUCACUCCCUACUAGAAAAGAGGGAGACACGCCCCCUUUCCUUCCCCGCAAAACAGACACAAAAAAAAGACCGCAACAAAUGAAAUCACUAAAUAUCCAUCUUCACCUUCUUCAUGGAAAAAGUAAAAACAAAACGCUUCCAGGUGGCAAAUGUGACCCUGAAACGCAAGAAUCUCAAGUUGCUUCCCCAUUUACAGAGUGUACACAUUGUCAUUUAUUGAUGUAAUGUACUUAUUUUGGAAAAGAACAUUGUGUUGACUUGAAUGUAUUUGCACUGACAUGUCUGUAGUUGAAGAAAGAUGACAACAACAUUCAAUGUGGACAAAGUGGGGAAAGAGCUGAAAGGGCAAACUUUGUCUUCCUCCUCACUCUUUUCCUCUCCAAGUUAUUGGUCUGCAGCUCAGCUCCUUUGGGGUGGCCUUUUGCGCUAGUUUUAAUUCCACCUAAUUUCCCUACCUUUAUUGUUUCAAUUAGUCAUUUCCCCCAUAUGCAUUAAGAGCACUACUGUUCAGCAAUUCCAGUUUGAGCAACAAAUUUCAGAUUGGACUUAUAAAGUAAAUGAUACCGUCAUUCCACCCCCCUAGAGAACUGGCUCCAUUCUGAGUGAGCCAAUAACUGGAGCUAAGUUUCAGACGGCAUAAUGGGACUCAGAAAUGUUCAGCCCAAAGGAGGUGAAACUGCAACAAAAUGGCUACCAGGAAGUGAUGCAUUGUGAAAACCAGAAGGCGAGAGGAAGAGUGUGAUGUAUUGCUGAAUCUGAAUGCAGGAGGAAGUGAUGUAUGGUAGGGCGUGGAGCAAGAGCUAUGGCAGCCAUUGCAAAAUGGGCAGCAGUGUGUUAGUGUCCAUUGAUCGUUGGCAUAGUGCCACAGGCAGGAGGUAUCCCAUUACUUUUGAAUGGAGAAAACAACAUUAUUUUCACACAAUGCCUCUCACUGUUUCAUGUCUCCUCAUGCCCUGCACAUACUAAGCAAUAAUGCCACAUAUGCAUAUGGAGGAAUGCUAACAAAUAUGUUUGACUUUUUAGUGAAAAGAUGUGAGAGUGUGAUUUUUCUUGAAUUUACUUACAAAGACAUCUUAAUACAGUGUUCGUGUUAAAGCUGCAUUAAUUGCAUUUUGGACACUAAGGGGUAGAAAAACAUCAAAACUUACUGAAGGAUAAAGCCACCACAAACCCCAAUCGUCUACUUUCACAUCCAGCAGACACAGAGCAUCUUAUCAUUCAUUUAGAGUUGUGUCUGUGUCCAGAUGAUGAAGUCCAAAAUUUCCAAUAUAUCCUGAUAGCUAGCUCUAACCAAUCAGCUGUGAAUGAAAUAUCCAUCCUGUAUACUUUGGGAGCAGUUGGUAUGAUCAGUUUUUGUCACAAUGUUAAAGUAAAUGGGUUUUUUUUAAUGUACAACAACCUGUACACCUGUGUCCUCAUCCAAACAUUUCUGUUGCUGUAUCUUCAGCCAGGGAGCUAUGUAGGAAGUUGAUAUCCUCAUUCUCAGUCUCAUCUACAAAGCUCUGAUCUGUCAGUUGUUACACCUGAAAACAGCUGUCAAUUAGCAUAACACCAUGUGUUUUUGAUUUGUGGAGUGAAUUAAAGAUAUGGAAUCAGGGUAGGUCUUUAAAGCCUCCUGAAAAUAAUAUCUCUGGCUCUUUAGCUGCUACAUGUUUUUCCACCCGUCGGUGGUACUACAGGUAGUGGGGUUUAUUCAAACGUUUUUGCAGGAAACUGUUGUCAACCAUGAUUGAUGAGAACAGUUGUGAGUCAACCAUAUAGUAAAUGGUCCUAACCAAAACCAGAGCUAGAAGAGGCAAAACGCUCCAUGGAGCAGGAUUGAUCACGACUUUAACACCAUGUCUGACCCUUUUAAAACCGAGCCAGACAGAGUCAAUUGAUUAAUUGUUAAUAUCAGUCAGUCAAUUGACUUUUUCACUGGGCAGACAGUGAAAUGGUACAUCCUCUCCUGAGAUGAUCAAACUGGCUGGGACUGAUUCCUGCUAUUCAGUGUGAUUAUCCCUGGAGAGGUUUUAUGAGGGCUGCCCCUUAAACAUCGGUACCCUCGAGUUGAGUCUUUUCCUGACACAGUCCCCGUUUCCACACUCUGCAGUUCCAGAUCUGAAUGCUAGCCAAGCAUGUGAACCCAACCAGACCCUUGCACUGCAAUAAGGACGAUGAACCAAACAGGAAAAUAAGAUUAAUUUCAGGAAAUUCUGAUUCAGAUACAAUCAGUAAUCAAUACAAGGUUUUUAACAAAUUUACCAUUACUUUACAUUGUCUCCCCACAUAUGUUUACCAGCUCAUUAUAUACCUGGAAACUAAAGCGGACUUGCUUACCAAAAUUUACAAUACAGCAGGUCUAGACUAUACUGUUUAUACUUUAUACUAACUUACCUUUUAACUGGCAGAAAACUCGAGCAGGACCAGGCUCUGGGUGGGCGGUCAACUUCCUUGAUAGGCUGAGAGAGAGACAGA